UCCAGCCGUUGCUUUGGCGCUGAGAUGCUUCAAAGCAUUAUUAAAAAUGUGUGGGUCCCCAUGAAACCUUACUAUACUGAAGUUUACCAGAUCUGGAUUGGAAUGGGGUUGAUGAGCUUCAUUGUUUAUAAAAUCAGGAGUGCUGAUAAAAGAAGUAAAGCUUUGAAAGCUCCUGCACCUGCUCAUGGUCAUCACUAACCAGCCUCACUUGGAGCACACAAGAGAUGGACCCGUAGAGCUAAGCAAAGCUGUGUCACAUGGACUGUCCCUGUGUACUUGUAUAAGUAGCAUGUACUCAUGGCAUGAAUAAAUGUGUCUGUGAGAUGCACCAAA